AUGAUGACGUUUUGGAGGCCCAGGUUAACGCUCUUGCUUUUGAUUGUGAUCAGCCUGGUACUGCAUGUCUUGAUUGCUCUGCUGCCCAUUAAGGAGCUGAGUGGUCAAGAAAAGUGUGCUCAUCACCAACAGACUGCUGGCCAGGACAUUCCUCUGCUCCCGAACCGACCACUGACGAAGAGCAAGCUAUCAAAGACAAACCGAGAACUUCAGAAUUAUGCCAGCACCAGGACAUCAAGCCGCAGAUCUCAAUUCCUAGAAAAGGUGGUGGAUUCAAAUGAUAAGAGCCAGGCAUUCCAUCAAAAGAAACAUACACAGUCAGGCAUUAGUAUGGAUAGUAAACCCCAGAGCCAGCACUUAAAGUCAAGCAUCUCUAAACUGACGGCACUGUUUCAACAUCCACUGUACAACAUCCCAAUCCCACCGUUGACACCAGAUGAUCAGCUCUUCUCUGAGAACUCAGCAGAAAAGUUCAAUCCAAAAAUCAGCGACAGUGAUGGCUGGGUCAGUCAUGAGCAGGAAUAUGCCUUUCCAGUUCAUGAUUCUUCGCCUGGUAGUUAUACAAAUUGGAUGAAAUUCUUCCUUGGAAUUAAUCGUUAUGAAUUGUACUCACAGAACAGCAGCAUCAUUGCCCCUUUAUUAAAAGAGCUCUGCACCAGCAAGAUUGUCAAUGUUGUUCAAAAACAUGGCGGGACCCAGCUGAAGUUGACAAUAACGUUGGAGGAUCAUGGCAAAGCUUUGUUUAAACCAAUAAAGCAGACUCGGGAAGAGGAAACCUCUGUCAACCUGUUCUACUUUUCGGAUUUUGAACGUCACAAUGCGGAGAUUGCUGCUUUUCACUUGGAUCGAAUUUUAGGUUUCCGAAGAAUUCCUCCUGUUUCAGGUCGUUUGGUCAAUGUGGUGAAGGAGAUCAGAGAGCGGACAUUUGACAAACACCUCGAGAGGACUUUCUUCAUCUCCCCAGCGAACAACGUUUGUUUCUAUGGUGAGUGUUCCUAUUACUGUGACAUGGAACACCCUCUGUGUGGAACACCAGAGCUGAUGGAGGGCUCAAUGGCUGCCUACCUGCCUGACGUGAAAAUCGCUAAACGCCUCUCCUGGAGGAAUCCCUGGAGACGCUCCUACCACAAGAGUAAGAAGGCCAAGUGGGAAGUGAACCCCUCCUACUGUGACCAUGUUCAGAAAACACCACCUUACAAACAUGGCAGCCGACUGUUGGACGUGAUCGACAUGACCGUCCUGGACUUCCUGAUGGGAAACAUGGACCGACAUCACUACGAAACAUUCCAGAAAUUUGGGAAUGAGAGCUUCAUCCUUCACUUGGACAACGGUCGAGCGUUUGGACGGCAUUCUCAAGAUGAACCUUCAAUCCUGGCCCCUCUCAGACAAUGCUGCAGGAUCCGCAGAGGGACAUUUCACCGGCUGCAGCUUUUGGCCACUGACCACUACAAGUUGAGUGAUGUGAUGCGGGAGUCUCUGCUGAGUGACCGACUGGAGCCGGUCCUGAGUGAGCAACACCUCACAGCUCUGAACCGCAGACUGCACACCAUCCUGCAGACCAUCAGAGAUUGUCUCCAGCAGCAGGGUGGACACAAGGUCCUGCAAAAUGAGAUGGGAGCAUGGCCGGUCAGCCACUAA